AUGAAUGAAGGGCCAUCAGAACAGGGCAGUACCACAAACUUCCCAAGUGAAGCAGACAAUGCUCAAGAAGUGAGCAAUGAACCAAAUGAUGCAAUCAUUGCACUUGAUGUGAGCAAUGAUCCAAAUGCAAUUGGUGCUCCUGAUGUGAGCAAUAAACCAAAUAAGACAGAUGAUAUUGUUGAAGAUGAUUGCCCCUUGCCAUUGAUUGAAUACUUGCCCUCUUCACCUUAUGUGAAGAAUUUCAUUCACUGCAUUCUUGGUCCAAGUGUGGCUCCAUGUAGGCGAAGGUUCAUUGCUGAGGAAAUGCAAGACGUCUUUGAUAGAAUUUCUUCCUCCAAAUCACCUAUAGACCUACUAGCUCACCGCGAUCGUAUUUUGGGGGCACUUGGUCUCUUGCAACCUAUGAUUAAUACCCUUGAAUUGGGCCAGGAUGAGUUUCAAGAAUUUGAAACAAUUAUCCAACACAUUUUUGAGCUGGCUACUUCAUUUUCCAAGAACGUUGCCUUCGUGGGAGAAUAUGCCCAUCUAACAGAACUUAAUAGUGAGCUUGCUGAUGUGAAUGCUACAGAGGUUGAUGUUGAAAAGGCAGAGAAGGAAGCUGAAGAGGGGGGAAAGCGAACUCAUGAAAUGCGACAACAGUUUAAAUCGAAGACAAGUGCCCUUAAAGAAAGUGCAAAAGAUUUGCAACAAUCUUUAGACCAACAAUUCGAAAAGGAAAUUGGGCCUCGACAGGCUAGAAUUGAUGCCAAUGAAGCAAUGCUCCCAAAACUCAGAGAGGCGGAACUUAGGCUUCUCACAAGAGAAAGAAAUUCGCCAGUUAGUUAG